AUGGUUCUCACGCACUCCACCACCCACCAGUACGCUCAUCCUCUGCCUACCGUCACUCUCGCCUACUUCCUCCGCUACUCCUCGCCGCAGCUCAACCCAUUCGCCGCUCACGUGUUGAGCACCGACACCAUCUCGAGCCAUGUCGACCCCGAGACACAGCGGCUGCACACGACCCGCAUCCAUCUCAAAAAGAGCCGCUUGCCUGGCGCCGUUUACAAGUUGCUCCCUGGCAGCAUGACGGGCGGAUCUGGUGGCGAAAAGGCAUCCUACAUCCUCGAGACAAGCGUCGUCGACAUGAAGGAAGGCUGGAUGCAUACGGAGAGUCGCAACCUUAAUUUCACCGGCGUCAUCUCUGUCGUAGAGCAGCAAAGCUUCAAGCUGCCGGCCGAAAACAUGUCGAGCCACACCGACGUGACGACGUCGGUCAUUUUUCGAUCGAGACUGGGCGAAAAGAUUCGCGGCAGACUAGGCCAAGCUCAUCAAGAAGGCGGCAUCAUUUCGGGCAUCAUCGGUGGCUGGGGCACCAAAGGCAUUCAGCGCAGCAUCGAAAGCCUCGCUUCCACCAAGACACUCGACCAGCUCGGCAAGAGCCGUGACGGCAUGCGGCUCGUGCUGGAGCGAAUCCGCAACAAUGGUGUGAUUGGGGUGCUGGAAACUCUGCGGCGAGAACGACAGCGACAAGCGCUGAGCCCCUGA